GACUACAUCCCCCAAAAGUUUCUCGUCUUGCGUUUUUCCGCCUCGCCUCUUAGUUUCUCUUUCUUCCUUCUUCCUCACUACAAGACGCGACUUGUGUUUUCGUGCCGCAGUUUUCCUGCAUUUGUGUACUUCUGGCAUUGGGGAUAUUGCCUCAAAUAAGAUUCUUUAUCCCUCCUUUGGGGUUUUUGCAGAAUCGACUCUUUAAUCUUGCCGUUAAACGCAAUUCACAUCUCGAAUUCCUCGGGUCCCACCUCUGGCCAUCACGACCCGCCGCCUUUUCCCCUCAAAUAGACAUCCCGCCGUUCAAUUGACGCCAAUCCCAUCGCCCAUCAUGUCCUUCUCCAGCCUCGUGCAAGAACUCAGCCUUCGGGACCCCAACGCCGCCCGCCGUCCGGGCCCUCCUCCCUCAGUCUCGACCUUCGACGACCGCGCAUCACAUGUCUCUCGCACCAUGUCUGGAUACGCCAGCACGGCGGCCACCAGCGUGAGCAUUUCUGGCGACAUUGGCAGCCAGCUGCACGGAGGAUAUUUCCACCCUCUGGCUCGGUCCUGGCAGGCCGAACGCCAGCUGACAAAGUCCAUGCUCAUUUACCCCAUCUUCGUCACCGAUGGCGAGGACGACAUGAUCCAUGUGCCCUCUCUUCCUGGCCAGUACCAGGUCAGCAUCGACAGGCUGACGGCUUUCCUCGAGCCUCUUGUCCACAAGGGACUGCGAUCUGUCAUGCUGUUUGGUGUUCCCCAGAAGCCUGGCACCAAGGACAUUCUGGGCAGCGCAGCUGAUGAUCCCGAGGGCCCUGUUAUCAAGGCCAUUCAACUCAUCCUCCGUCGUUUCCCUCAAAUCUUCAUCUGCGCCGAUGUCUGCCUCUGCGAGUAUACCUCGCACGGCCACUGCGGUAUCCUGCGGGACGACAGCAGCCUGAACAACCAGAUGUCUGUUGAUCGCAUUUCUGAUGUUGCGCUUGCCUAUGCCAAGGCCGGAGCUCACUGUGUUGCGCCUUCUGACAUGAACGAUGGCCGUAUCCGUGCUAUCAAGCUCAAGUUGAUCGAGGAGGGAAUUGCUCACAAGACCCUGCUCAUGUCGUACUCUGCCAAGUUCUCUGGCUGUCUGUACGGACCCUUCCGAGACGCUGCCGGCUCUGCUCCGUCUUUUGGUGACCGCAGAUGCUACCAGCUUCCCCCCGGAGGCCGCGGCCUUGCUCGCCGAGCCAUCAUUCGUGAUAUGAACGAGGGUGCCGACAUCAUCAUGGUCAAGCCUGCCGGCCAGUACCUCGACGUUAUUAGCGAUGCCAAGGAGCUCGGCAAGGAUCUGCCCAUCGCUGCCUACCAGGUCAGCGGCGAGUACUCCAUGAUCCACGCCGCUGCCAAGGCCGGUGUCUUUGAUCUCAAGACCAUGGCUUUCGAGUCAACAGAGAGCAUCCUCCGAGCUGGCGCGACCAUUGUCAUCAGCUAUUUCACCCCCAACUUCCUCGACUGGCUAGACAACUAAAUAAUGGACGCGAGAGAGAAAAAAAAAAGGGACAGUUCAUUACGGAUUUUAAUGUGGAAAAAGACAAAAUAAAUACCAGGGUAGAAAGAGCAGGCGGGCGUUUUCUUGUGUUGACAUCUUAAAAAAACGGGAUUUGUAACAUUUUUGUAUGCAUUUUGCUUCUUCUGUUUGCAACUUUUUAGAGCGAGGACAUAAUAUAUGUCGAGGACAAAUAAAUUCAUGUAUAAUUAUACUGUUUUCUUAUAUUCUCUUAAAUAAUAGUAGUCUAUAUUUGCACUUGUGGC